ACAAUUUUCAUUCACAACUAAUCAACUACAUAUAAAAAGUAUAAUCUCCAAAGUACCAUGGCUUUCUUUACAACAAAUCAAAACCUUUUUUCUGUUGUGUUGCUCAUUUUCACAACUUCCUUUCUCUUGCUAGAAACAGAACUAGUGAACUCACAAAAAACAGUUUCCUUCAACAUCUCCAACUUCACUACUAGUCAAUCCGAUGUUUCCCUGCAAGGAAGUUCCGUGAUUUUACCCGAUGGAAUCGUGACGAUAACCAAUCCAAAUGACCCUACAUAUCUUGCUGGUCGAAUCCUUCAUUAUACACCGGUGCCCAUUUGGGAUAAUAUCACUGCCAACGUUGCUAGUUUCAUCACCACCUUCACAUUCAAAGUUGUAGACUUCAAAGAUUUUUCACCAGGUAGUGGACUUAUCUUCCAUCUUUUACCACUAGAUCAAAACUAUCUUCCUAACAACUCAGAUGGUGGAUACCUUGGAGUUAUUGACUCCAAAAAUGCAUUCAAUCAAUUUAUUGGUGUAGAGUUUGAUGGUGUUAGUUCAUGGGAUCCCAAAUACACUCAUGUUGGAAUUGAUGUCAACUCAUUGAUUUCUUUAAAGACAGUGAAAUGGAAUAGAGUUAGUGGUGCCUUGGUCGAUGUAAAUAUCUCCUAUGACAAUCUCUCUAAGACAUUGAAUGUUGUUGUAUCUUACCCAGAUGGUACCUUUUCAACUAUUGCUCAAGUCAUUGAUUUGAAAGAAGUGCUUCCACACACGGUAAGGAUUGGUUUUUCUGCUGCUACAACAACAGGUGCCCGUCAACUACACCACCUCCAUGCAUGGUCUUUCAAAUCAAACUUGGACACAACAACAACGACCACCUCAGACAAUAUUGCUAGCUUUUAAGUCAUCUGAUUUGGUUUGAUGGAUCUAUGCAUGGAGCUUAUCAUAACUACUAUUUCUAAAUAAAACACCAUGCUAUUGCUAGCUACGUUGUGUUUGUUAACCAUGUUUGUGUGUGUGUGUCUCUGUGUUUUUUUUUUUUUUCCUUCUAAAUAAAGACCGUGAUUGAACCUGUGUUUGAGUCAAGGGUACUUCAAUAUUUUUAUUAAUCAAUUUUUCAAUUAGUUGGAUCGAUGGUUGAAAAUUGAAUUA